CGCCUCAGACCCCGCCAUGGACGCGCACUACGCGCCGGCGGGCUUCGCCGAGCCUCCCGCGCCCCCCGCCAGCGCCGCCACGCAGCCCGCCGCCCCCGCCUGGGCCUACGAAGCCCGAGUCCCGACCGCCGCCUCCAGCCCCAGCUGCAGCGGUAGCAGCCCCAGCCUCAAGGCCAGCUAUGAAGAUGGACAUCCCUCACAGUCAGAACCAGAUAUCCUUCAAAGACAAACAUUUGCAGCUUCUCAUCAGCUUCCUGGUUAUGGCACCACUCCUCAAGCAACUGGCAUGCAUUCCUCAGCAACAACUGAGCUGUUUGUUACGGGACCCCUGCCCACUGCUGGGACACUUCCACCCCCUGUGCUGUCCGCUUAUCAGCACCCUGCCACCUUUAGCAAUAGAAACUUUGUGACCACCUCACCUUUGGUGCUUCAGGAUUCAUCUUUUAACACUACGUCAAAUGGAAUUUUAAACCCUCAUGAUCCUUUGCUACAAAUUAAGACUUCCCAGGGAACUGUUCCAACUGCUUUGGCAUUUGAGCGCCUGGGCAGUUCUGCAUUAAGUAACAGCAUACCACCUCAGUCUUCAACAUAUCGUUCAGCUCAAGAGUCAGCACCCCAUCUUUUACAACCUCAAUUUAGUUUGUUGCCUUCAACACUUGGGGGAGCCCAGCAAACCCCUCAAGCCUACAGUUCAGCUCUUUUUACUAGUUCUGCUGCUUCCAUUGAAAGAGCCCUUCUUCGAGAAUGUAGUGUUAUUAAACACCACCAGCGGCCUUCAAGUACCCAGUCUAUUCAGGCACAACUGACUGGUUCACAGCAUCCCUUACAUAGUUAUCUGUCAAGUGCAAGUAUUGGUAAUUUUCAGGAAACAUCCAGGCAGUCAUCUUUAUCCUGUAGCUCAAUUCGAGAUUCUACUCAGGUGAGCAAUGGAGCAUUGCAACAGAAGACCCCUCAGGUCUCAGCAGAACUUGCUCAGUCUUAUUCAUCUGUAAUUCCAUCAUCAGGGUAUCUUCCUUCUGCUACAAAAGUAGAUGGCUGUUCUACAAAACAACCACUAACAUCAACUACAAUUUUGAAGCCUCAAAGUGUGAUUCCUCCUGUGCAAACACUAAACUAUUCUAAACCUUUACAUAACCAGAGUUCUGUAAUAUCAGGUCAAGCACAAAUUUAUUCUACAGCACAGCUACCCAGCCUUUUAUCAGUCAGUCAGUCCCAAAAUUAUGGUUUAGUACAGCCACAUAAUGUGCCAUCUAUUGUUCAUUCACAUGUUUAUAGGUCCAGCAGGGUUGAGAAAUUGCCAUCCUUAUACAAAACAUUGACUUUUUCUGGGUCAUCUCAGCCUGUAACCUCUGAAAAUGAGACACUUAGUUAUUCGUCCAAUCAGCAAGAAGUAUUAUCUUUAGUUACAAAUGAGAAUUACCCUGCUCAGACAGGAGACCUGUCAUCAGUAGGUCACUCUCAGGGUCUGUCACCAGUUAGCCAAACACAAGUCAGUUAUUCAUCUCAAUCACAGGUUUUAUCAGUUGUUAGCCCUUCAGAAAGCUAUGCGUCUGGUCAGUCUCUGACAUUAACAGCCCCUUCUCUUUCUUAUUCUUCUGCCUCUCGGGGCCAGAGCUUGCCAGAUUCUAGCCCAACACCAAAUUAUAUUUCUAUGCAUUCAUCCCCAAACACUCACACCCAAGGAUCUUCACCACCUCAGCCCCAAAAGUUUUUGCCUGCUGUGCAGUCAUCUUUUGCAUCCUCUACUCGUGGUCAGGCAAUACAGAAUAGCAUACCUUCCCCUGAUCCAAAGUCUUAUGCUGAGAGAAAACUUGACUCAAAUGUGUAUACAUCCUCAAAGCAAGAUGAUGAUUUUCCAGUGCAAAAGUUACAGGCAUUGCAGUCACAGGCAUCUCUUGAGUCAAGCCAAAGGCUACCUGAUGGAGAAGGAAAUGCUCAAGAGUCAGUUUAUAAGACAUCAAAGUCAGAUGACCGAUAUUCUCAGAGGAUAACCAGAAACAACUCCCACCUUGAAGACCAAGUGGUUGGAGUUGCUCUCCAGGGCUCAAAACAAGAAGAAAACAUGGUUGGUUCAGUGACACAACUUAGCCAGCAAAGUGGCCAGCCCAAUAAUGCAAUAAACCCUGAUCUUAAGAAGGCAACUAAUUUAAUGCAAGCUCCACAGAUAAGGUUGAACACUAAAGACCUCAACCAGCAGCAUUCUCUCAUCCAUAAGAUGCAUGAAGCCAAGGUUCAGGAACAGCAUGAUCAAAUAAUUAGUGCCUCAUCUCAGAUACAGAUUCCAAAUCAUGCUUUAGGGCAUAGUCAUCAGGCUCUUCCUAAUACACCAGUCCUUUUAGAUUCUGCCUGUGAUUUACAGAUUCUUCAGCAGGCUGGGAUUCUGCAGGCAAGCCUGGGACAAGCAAAGCCAUCUUUACAAGUACAACGUGUACAGAGUCCUCAACAAGUGGUCCAUUCUUUCCUUCAGAUGGAUGGUCAUAUCAUCCAGAGCAAUGGUGAGCAUCCCCAGGAGCAGCUCCAUCCUCAAAAUUCUGAUAUUAUGAAACUAGACCUCCCUGAACCUUCAAAACCUUUGCAGCAGCUAACAACGAAGGGCCCUUUCAAUGAAACCAAUCCACAUGAUUCAAAGAAUCAGUUUGUUUCUCUUGGAUCGAUAUGCUUCCCAGAGGCAAUGCUUCUCAGUGAUGAAAGAAAUAUUUUAUCAAAUGUAGAUGACAUCUUGGCAGCUACAGCAGCAGCUUGUGGGGUUACACCCUCUGACUUUUCCAAGUCAACUUCAAAUGAAACCAUGCAGGCUGUUGAAGGUGGUGAUUCUAAAUCUCAUUUUCAGCAGUCAUUAGAUGUCAGGCAUGUGAAUUCCGACUUUAUAACAGCUACAGUAGGAAAGCCACAGAAUAUUAAUGACAUUUCCUUAAAUGGAAAUCAGGUUACUGUAAACCUUUCAUCGGUACCCACCCUUCAGUCAAAAACAAUCCUUGAUCAACAGCAUGUGGAAGCAUCUGGUCAAAAUAUACCAACUAAAGCACCUUCAGCCAUGGUUGGACCAGGUCAUGAAGUUCAGGAGCAAAGUUCUGACCCAUUUAAGAAACAGUUGGUUAUAAAUCAUGAAUCUAAAGAAGAUAGUGAAAUUGCUGUUGACAGUGCAUUGAGUAGUAACAGAAAUCACGAGUUUGUUUCUACUAGCCAGAGCGUAAGUGGAGAGAGUGCAGCAUCAGAGAAUGACUUCACCCUAGUGGGUGAGGACAGCACCAUGUCGGUGAGCCAGAGAAGGAGCACACUUGCUCUGCUGGCCAUGGCGCAGCCUGGGGAUGCAGCCAGUGGCAAGACUGAAGAGGAGAAGCAAGAUGCGACAUAUUUUAACCUUCCCAAGACGAAAGCUAAAGGAAAAGGACAAGGUAAAGAGGAAGAGGACAGUAGUCAGAAACAGCUGAAAAAGUCUGCCCAAGGCAAGCGCCAGAACCCCAGGGGUACAGACAUGUAUUUACCGUAUACUCCCCCUUCCUCAGAAAGCUGUGAUGAAGGUUACCAGCAUCAAGAAAAGAUGAGGCAGAAGAUCAAGGAAGUAGAGGAGAAGCAGCCAGAGGUCAAAACAGGAUUUAUUGCUUCUUUUUUAGACUUCCUGAAGUGUGGGCCCAAGCAACAGUUUUCCACCCUUGCUGUUCGAAUGCCUAAUAAGAGCAGACGAUCAGGAACCCAAGUCACCCGGAACAUCUAUCCCCCACCACUUGCAAAGAUGUCACCUGCAACACCUGUGCCAUUAGCACUGGAGACUGGAGGGGUCAGUCCAUCAGAAAAAGCUGACAAUGAACUUAAAAAUGUUGAACAAUUGUCUUCUUUUUCUUCUGAUGAGGAAGAUCCUGGCAUGUGUGGCCAUGAUAUCUAUAAGAACAUCUCUGCUCCCUUAACUGCGCUGGAUGCUACUUCUGAUAAAACAAAGAAAACAGUUUCAGAAGCUCUACCUAUGUCAACUCCUGGUGCAUCUGCCGAGACAGUUGGUGCUGCUCCCACUUCCUCCUCUGCUGGUGCAGUUAAACAAGACCUUCAUUUGACCUCAUCUGCUGCAAACACCCUGGAAAAUGCAAACUCCACAGAACCCCCCAAAGCUAUCCAACUUGAUAGUCUUCCUGCAGACCAGUUUGCUAAAGGACAGGCUACAGUUGCCAUAGAAGGUUUUACAGACGAGGAAAAUGUAGAAAGUGGAGGAGAAGGCCAAUACAAAGAACGCGAUGAAUUUGUGGUAAAGAUAGAAGACAUAGAGACAUUUAAGGAGGCUUUAAAUAUAGGAAAAGAGCCCCCAGCUAUUUGGAAAGUACAGAAAGCUUUGUUACAGAAAUUUGUUCCGGAAAUUCGAGAUGGGCAAAGAGAAUUUGCAGCUACAAAUAGUUACCUUGGAUAUUUUGGAGAUGCAAAAACUAAAUACAAAAGAAUAUAUGUAAAGGUCAUUGAAAAUGCAAACAAAAAGGAGUAUGUCAGAGUGUGUUCCAAAAAGCCAAGAAAUAAGCCUUCACAAGCUAUCAGAAAUGUUCUAUCUAAGCCAAGUAGCAGUAAAACUUCUGACCCACCAGUAUCAAAAACUACAACUACAAAAGCCUCUUCCACAAAACCCAAAGUUAAACAGCUCAAAAUGAAGGCUGAGCCACCACCAAAGAAACGGAAGAAAUGGAAAGAAGAAUUUUCAUCAUCACAGUCCGAAUCCUCUCCUGAGGUCCGUUCUAGCAGUAGUGAGGAUGAGGAAUUUGAUCCUCCAGCUCCCUUUGUCACUCGUUUUCUGAACACAAGAGCAAUGAAGGAAACUUUCAAGAGUUACAUGGAGUUGCUUGUUAGCAUUGCUCUGGAUCCAGACACUAUGCAAGCCCUAGAAAAGAGCAACGAUGAGCUACUUUUACCACAUAUGAAAAAAAUAGAUGGAAUGCUGAAUGAUAACCGGAAAAGACUUCUUGUGAAUCUUCAUUUGGACCAGCCAUUCAAGAAUGCUUUGGAAAGUUUUCCUGAACUAACAAUUAUUACUCGAGACUCUAAAGCAAAAAGCGGAGGAUCUGCUAUUUCUAAAAUAAAAAUGAAUGGCAAAGCUUAUAAUAAGAAAACUCUAAGGACUUCUAAAACAACCACUAAGUCUGCACAGGAGUUUGCUGUUGAUCCAGAGAAAAUACAAUUAUAUUCAUUAUAUCAUUCACUCCAUCAUUAUAAAUACCAUGUUUAUCUAAUAUGUAAGAACGAGAUAUCGUCUGUGCAGAAAAAAAAUGAAGAUUUAGGACAGGAAGAAAUUGUUCAACUUUGUAUGAAAAAUGUAAAGUGGGUGGAGGAUCUCUUUGAAAAAUUUGGAGAACUUCUAAAUCAUGUACAACAGAAAUGUUCCUAACAUUUCCACAAAAUCCCACCUUUUUAUAGCACUAAUGAAAUGUCAUAGUGUCACAGAUAAUCAAAUCUCCAGCAGUGGUCUCUUGCAGACAUGCCCAGUACCAUAGGGGACUUUGACCAGGACCUUUGCUGAGGACAGUGGUGCUGCCACAGAAGCCAGUCCUUUAAUCUGAAUGAAUGAUUUUUCUAGUUUUUAAACUGUGGGGUGACUGAGGUUUUUAUUUUCAGAGACAUCUUUUGACAAAUGAUAAGCAUGCACUAAUUAUAAUUUUAUUGCUAGAGAAAUAGCAUUGAAGUGACCUGACUUCUCCCAUGACUGGUGUCAGAACGAAAGAGGUGGCAGAAAGCAUUCGCCUGGUCACAGUGUUCAAAGUAGUGUACAUUGUGUAGACGGAUCUGGUAUGGUGUGACAUCCUGUGUGAGAAUGUCUUCAGUUGAAAACAUGGAACUCAGAAGCUGCGUUCUGCUCUGUGGAGUCCUUUAACAUGUCCAGGAAACUGGGCGUGGAACUGUGCAAUUCUGUGACUGCUUUUUGUGUCAAGUUCUAUUGUGAUGAAAAAAGUGACGUACUAUUUUCCCUGUUUUAAUGAAAAGUAUUUUUGUUUAUAAUAUGUUUGUUCCUUUGGAAAAUUUUCACUUGUACAUUUUAUUUUACUAAUAGUUGUAUUUUUCACAAAGGAAAUGUGGUUUUAAUUUUUCUAUCCAUACUUCCUUGUUUUCAGUAAACCCUGUGUAGAUACAUGUCAUUUGCGUUGUAGAUUCUGUCUGGAGGUGGCUGUUUUUGUUUUGCCCUGUUGUUACUCAGAAUAUUCAUUUGGUGCUAGAAUAAUUAGUUUAGCUUUAUAAACGGGACUGUGUGAAACACUGCACUAAUUUCAUAUUUCAUGAAAUAAAUUUCUUACCAAACUAGCACUUGAUUUAUACUGAUUUGUCAAAGUAAAAAUUAACUACUGCCGGGUGUAGUAGUGCACAUCUUUCAUCCCAGCACAUGGAAGGCAGAGGCAGGUGGCUCUCUGUGAGCUCCAGGCCAGCCUGUUGAGUUGAAGGCCAGCUAGUUCUACAUGGUGAGCUCCAGGACAGCCAGAGCUACAUACUAAGACCUUGUCCCAAAAAUAAACAAACAAACAAAAGCUUAACUAGUGGUACAUUCUGAUGGCCCAGUGGGUAAAGGCACUUGCAGCCAAGCCUGACAAACUGAGUUUGAUUCCCAAGACCCACACUGUGGAAGAAGAGAACCAACUUCUGUGAGUCAUGUCCUCAUGCACACUCAUACACAUACACAUGAAAAAUUAAUAAGACAGUAUGCAGUGUUACACACAGCUUUCCUAGCUCUCAGAACUGGAAGUGGAGUUCUCCUUUGGUGCCUUUAACCUUUAGCACAGUAGUGUAGCUUUCUUAAGUCUGACAGCGUUUCAAGUGGUUUAGUUAAGACAGUGAAUGUAUUAGGUUCAACAUGACCUUGUGUUGUUUUUUUUGUUGCCAACAGGAUGCCUUGUUUGUGAAGAAGAUUUGAUAGUGUCAUUCUAAAGGAUUGUCGUUUUUUAGGAUUCUAAAGAAGCAAAUCAUCAUACCUUUGUUUAUUUUACCACCAUUUAGUGCCUUACCCCUUGUCUAGAAAGCAGUGUUACUGUCCAAAUAAGACAUACUUACAUGGAUAAGCCUGUUGUCUCGAUUUGAGAACAGGCAGUAAGCCGACAAGAGUUGAAGUGAACAUGCCACUUGAUUUAAGAAUAAAACAGUUAUAUUGGGUGAAAAUGAGCAUGAGUUAUGCUAACAUUUUUUUCUGGUGAUUCUCUUAUUGAAAGCAAUAUCCUUAACAUUUGUACCUGCUGUUAGACUCGGUAGUACCAAGUAAUGGAAGUUUCUCUCCAGGGUCGAAAAUCCUGAGAUUGAUUUUACAAGCAGAGGAGAGCAGGAAGCAGCCACAUUCCAUUCUGUAAUAUUGACCCUGGGCACAGUCAAUGUGUUUUCAACAUGGAGUUGGUAUGCCUAUACACCUUUACCUUUAUCUUGAAUUAUAAAGUAUGAAGUAUAUGUUUGAAUUUCAUUUUCAUGAAUGAAUGUAAGGUUAAUCUUACCAUGAAAGUCUACAUUUCUAUUUUGUAUUUUUUUUUUAUUGUGGUUUAAAGCAGGGUCUCACACUUUAGCCCAGGCUGGUCUAGAACUCACUGUGUAGGCCAAGUUGGCUCCAAGUUCAUAGCAAUCCCCCUGCCUCAGCCUCCAGAGUGCUGGGAUUAUAGGCAUGUGCCACCAUGCCUAGCUUUCCAUUUUCUUUUGACCUGCAGUUGCCCCUGACCAGUUUACAUUUGUAUUACCAUUCAUAAACUACAAUUCACAGUGCAGAAGGCCAAGUCCUCUGGUCCUCCCUCAGAGACCCUGUUGUUGAGAUGCAGUAUCACCUCACUUAUUCUAUAUAGCAUAGGAAAACAUCAACCCCAGGCCUUAGAGAAAAGUAGGACUGUGUUAACAACCAUAUACCAGUCCUUGGUCUGUAGGAAGCUAAAUAAAUACUUAGUUGGUUAGUGUUUGCCAGGGAAUUUGAAAUGUAUGAUAUAGGAAGACAUUUAGGUUGUAGAAAAAGGUAAAGCACAUGUUGCCACAAGAUAGGAAGGUGUUAAAGAUUAGAUUCUACCUAUAGAGAUCUGGAGGGUUGGGGAUGUAGCUCAGUGCAGAGCACUUGGCUAGCAUGUCCAAGGCUCUGGGUUUUCUCCCCAAUCCCCCAUCCCUCAGUGCACAUAGAGAUCUGGAGUAAUUUCAUAUAAAAGGUAUUCUGUGUUGAUACUUGUUACUAGCCCAGAACAAAGUUGCCAAAGGGGCCUCCUUGCCAUUUUGAUAUAACCCAGUUACUACUUGACCCCUAAUAAGUCUGAAUUUAUGAUUUGUCAUGUUAAGUUGAUCUAGAAGCUAUCCAUUUUCCUAUGAUUUUGCCAAAUUGAAAAUACUGGUAAGACAGGAAAUAAUCCUAUUUUUAAAUGUUUAAUACAUUUUUGUAUAAUUUUGAAAGUUCUAAAUUUAUUUAAAUAUCUAAAACUUGAAAAUUUAUAGAUGGGUUUACACUUUAGGGCUAUUUUCAAAGCUUCACAUUUUUAAAUUAAUUUUUCUAUUUACUAUUUAUUUUCCUUGAGGCAGAUAAAUUCCAACCUAUAGCUCUUAGGAUAUACCCACGAGUUGUUUUUGUUUGUGUGUUGGUGUCCAUUGCUGGUUCAGGUGAGUGGUUGGAGAGUCUCCUCACUUCCCUUACGGUCUGAUCUCUGCAUACUUGAUGCCCCGAUGAGGUCAGCACUGGGUUACUGGUGCAGCUUUGUGUCAGAUGUGGAGGUUAUAAAUCUUAAUAUAGUCACAGAAUGUAAUUUUUUGUUUUAAAUGUCUUGUUUCACAAAAAUGCUUUUCAGAUACAAUGAAAUUGUCCAGGAUAGCUGCUCCUGUGUCAGGUAUACUUGAUACAACUGCACAAAUGAACAAUGUAUAACUCUUGUUCAUGCAUUAGCACAGAUGAACAACUUUUCACAUCUGUGUUCACAAAUGCAUGUUUUUGAAAAUCACCUCUAUUUAUAAAACAACUAAGCCUAAGGAUACAAAGAAACCUGCAUUUGUAGUCCAGAAUUUCCAAUUGGUCCAUUAUUCCGUGUGUGGAAAUGUGAAAGACAAUUUUGUAUAUUUGUUACUAACUCAGAUCAUUAAAAUGAAAACCAUUUUUUAAACAAAA